AUGGAGGAAGUCUUUUUGCAAGAAAUGGUCCGCGACCGUGAAAUUCAAAUAGGAAUGAUACGGAAAAAGCUCGAGGAUCAAGAAAAGAAAUUGGAAUUGACGAAAAAAUCAUUAGAAGAAACAAAAAAGAUAUACACAGAAAAUCACCUAAGUCAUCAAAUGGAACUGGACGAACUCAUGCAAAAGCAAUCCAAACUGUUGUCUCAAUACAAGGACGCCAACGAAGAACUCGAUCUCAAGAAGCAACAACAGGGACCUCAAUUGCAAGUUUACAAUGAAGUCAUGUCAUCACUCGAAACAGCAGAAGGAGAUGAAGCUGCGCAAGAUUCAUCCUACGUCACUCGAAUGCAAGCCCAACUCUGCAAGGCCAUGCACAGCAUGGGAAUGGUCGAAACCCAAUUGGCACUCUCGACUACUCAAGUGGAGGGUCUUCAAAAGCAACUACGAGAGUCCAAAACUACGCUAAUAGAAGACAAGACACAGGUGGAAUUGAAAUUAAUGAACGAUCUAGUCCUCGCGGAUAAUGCUCGCAAGGAAGUAUCGGAAAAGGUUACAAAGCAAACGGAAGAAUUCACAGCGCAGAAGGAUGCCUUGUUGGAAAAGUUUGAAGAACAACAAGAGCAACAGGAUGAAGAAAAGGAAGGUGAAGAAGAAGAAGAAGAGGAAGAAGAUGAUGAAGAAGAAAAGGCAGAGUUGACGGAAAUUCUUGUAGAAGGAAGAGAGGAGAUUGCUCGAUUGGAGGCGGAGAAUGCCAAAGAAAAGGCCAAAUUGGAAGAAUUGAAGCAAAAGGUGAUUGCCCUCAAGGGAGAAGAACUGGUCGAUGCAUUGUGUGCUCAGAUAGCAGAAGAUUGUGGAGUUGGUACAGAAGAGGCGGAAGAGGAGUAA